ACAUUAUUAAUACUUAUGUCUAAUAAGAAGAUUUUAUAUGUUGGUGGUUUAGAUCAAGAGGUUACGAAGGAAAUCUUACAUGCCGCUUUUAUCCCUUUUGGAGAAAUAUUUGACAUUAUUAUCCCUAUAGAUUAUGAAACAGGAAAGCAUCGGGGCUUUGCAUUUGUUGAAUUUUUUACUGUGGAAGACGCUUCCGCUGCUAUUGAUAACAUGAAUGAUUCUGAGCUACUGGGCCAUACUAUACGAGUUAACGUUGCGAAGCCGCAAAUCAUCAAAGAAGGUUCCAUGCGUCCCAUUUGGACAGAAGAAAGCUGGCUGAAAAGGUUUGGUAGAGGAACGGGAGAGGGCCAGGCUGCAAGCGAAGAAACUACUGACUCAGUAGCUCAAGAAGACCUAACCUCGGUCGAGAUGACUGGGAGUAAAGGCAAUCCGUUGGUUUACUUAGACAUUGCGAUUGCCUCGGUUCCUAUAGGAAGAAUCAAAAUAGAGCUGCGAAAAGACGUCGUACCGCGAACAGCAGAGAAUUUCCGGCAGCUGUGCACGCACGCUCGAGGGUUUGGCUACAGGGGAAGUAUCUUCCACCGCAUCAUCCCGCAAUUUAUGGUGCAAGGCGGUGAUUUUACACACGAGGACGGCACCGGCGGGAACUCAAUUUAUAACGGCCCCUUUGAGGACGAAAAUUUUCAGCUGAAACACACCGGAGCAGGGGUCCUUUCGAUGGCGAAUUCCGGCCCCAAUACUAACAAAUCGCAAUUUUUUAUCUGCACCGCAAAAACGGAGUGGCUCGAUGGAAAGCACGUGGUGUUUGGAAAGGUCGUCGAGGGUAAGUUGAAUAACCACCACAUGGGCCAGGAGGAGGUUUCCUAUUGGUUCUGCUUACAAGGGAUGGAGGUGGUUAAGAAAAUGGAGGAGGUUGGCAGCAAAACCGGAAGACCCAUGAAAAGAGUGACGAUAGUCGAUUGCGGGGAAAACAGCUGAGUAAAGGUUGAUGCUGUCUGGCGGACUCGCCAACAACAGGGCGGUGAUCAGUGCGCAUCUCUGCUCCUUAGGACAUAUUGAAGCAGAUCAUUCAUUGUUACCUUGGAAUUCUGUGGUUUACUUCUUGCGUGUGGUCAUCAGUUACGCAGCAGAAAUACUUUUUUUGCAGGAGUUUGUCAACUUUAGAAAGCUUUGUGCUCAACUUGACGUUCUUAGAAGUUUUUUAAAAAAGUCUUGUAAGUCAAACAAAAA